GUCGCCGUUUGAUCCCAGACGCUUGUAGUCUCGUCCUCUUUCGUUUCAUAACAAGCUUGCAUGCUUCUUUGUCCAUAAAGUGAGGUAGAAAUCCAUUCUUCUUCAGGUCAUGCCCGAGUUUCCUCUCUCGAAUCGUCAAUUGAUCUCUGAUUGACUUGAAACUUGCGCCUAUGCUUCACUUUAUGUGCUAGGACCUGAAAUGGGACAAAGGAACACAACCUAGCAUAAAAUAGGCCACAACACACGAAUAUGCCCCUCAAACGGAUAAGAACUAGGGGCGCAAACAUGUGCAAUUACAUCGUUAUCAAGUGUCUGCACCUAAACUGCAACCAGUAGUGAAGGAGUAUAUCCCUAAACUCCCCUUCCCUACUCGGUUGCACAAAGACAGGCUGGAGGCAGAGUUCGAGAGCUUCAUGGCCAUGCUUAGGAAGCUGAAUGUCCAAGUGCCUUUCCUGGAGGCACUAUCUCAAAUGCCUAAGUAUGCAAAGUUCCUGAAGGAUCUUCUCUCAAAGAAGCAGAAGCUGAGCGAGCUGGCCACUGUGGAGCUCAGUGAGGAGUGCUCAGCCAUUCUGCAGAACAAGCUUCCGCAGAAACAGAAGGACCCAGGUAGUUUUACUAUCCCGUGCUCUAUAGAGAAUUUGCAUGUAGAGAGGUCCUUGGCGGAUUUAGGUGCUAGUAUAAAUGUUAUGCCAUAUAAAAUGUUUAAGAAACUAGGCCUAGGUGAACCCCGUGUUACUAGGAUGAGCCUUCAAUUAGCUGAUCGAUCUGUAGUGCAUCCUAGGGGCAUAGUGGAAGACCUUCUGGUUAAGGUUGGCAAAUUCAAUUAUCCUGUUGAUUUUGUGAUUUUGGACAUAAAUGAGGAUGUGAAUGUGCCAUUGAUACUGGGAAGGCCUUUCCUGGCCACUGCCAAGGCCCUCAUAGAUGUGCAUGAUGGGACCUUAGUUUUGAGGGAUGGUGUGGAGCGAAUAGCGUUUUCAAUUUCUAAUACUCAUCCUGCUUCGUCACCUUUGCAUGCUGUAUCUCACCAGGAGCACGAGUCUGUCGUGUAUCCUCCUGUGUUGCCUAUUUUGCAGGAUCCGCCUCCCAUACCUUCGCCGCCACUCCCGUCCACUCCGUAAUCGAAGGAACAAAUGAGGGAGGAGUGGCGGCUGAAAUAGCAGGCAGCUAAGCCUGCUCGAAAGAAAGCCGGAGACCACUAUGAGCUGGUCCCGCCCCCACCUUGGCCAUCCGAGUAUUCACUCGCUUGCAUCCUGCCGGAUGGCCAAGUUGAGUUGGCAAAUGCCGGUGGCCACAUUCGGCGUGUGCAUGGCCACCAUUUGAAGUUGUACCUCAAGAGCGAGGUGGAUCCGCUCUUGAAGGCACCUGCUCCUUCACCUCACUGAGCAUCCACCGACUGGCGUCCAGCUAAAAGACGGUAAAUAAGCGCUUGUGGGGAGGCAACCCCACCUAGGUUUGCAUUUUCUUACCUUUUUCUUUUGAUUUUUUGUGUUUUUUGAGUCUUGAGGGGUUGUUCACGAGUUGUAUGUCGUUCUGGAGUGAAAACAGGUCAUUUUCGGAGUUCUGGCAGCUCACACGGCCAGCCCUGAAUGUCACACGGCCGUGUGGAAAAUAAUUUUGGCCGUGUGAGCUCUCGCAGAAUUCCACACGGCCAGAUGAGAUGCUGGCACGGCCGUGUGGAAAGUUGCCCUGGGCGUGUCUGCUCUCGCAUAAAUUGGCACGGCCAGA